AUGAUUCCAUUAUCUGUCGGCACCGCCAACAUGCUACGUGUACCAGUGGUGCAGCAUAAAUCAUUUUCGCAUUCACGCAGCGAACCCUCUUCUCCGUCCGAGUUCCUGCAGCCAUCCUCCUCUGGCGGUCUCACAAAGUCAUAUCGACAACCUUCAGCAUCACGCGGGACUCCGUUCAUGAACGCCCGUGCGAUUUCAGGUUCCGCUGUUCCUACAAAAUCGCGCCCUGAAAAACGCUCGAGACCAUCAGCCCCACCUCCAACCACCUCCAACAGUCAAACCGCCCGUGUCCGGCCAGUGCGGACACCAACGCCGCCCCCGGAAAAGCCACUGAUAGCUAUUCUCCCCCCACCCCUCCCCAAAUCCCUUCAUGCAUUGGACACCCAUCCACCCGCCAUAUUCUCAGGUAAUUUCGACCUCUAUGGCAUGUACCUCCCCUUCCUUGUCAAAGCCUACCUUCCGCCAGGCAGCACAUCCCCCGACUAUGCCGCAGUCUACGACACAAUCCUCGCUUACCAAUCCAAGCACGACUAUACCGCUCGCUGCUUCCUCUCCCUCAGCUCUGACGCAGGUAGAGCAGAAAGCGCUUCUGUGUUCGAUCCAAUGAUGGAGCGCCCUUUUGAUGUGCUAAUAAGCAAUUUGAAACAUCGCGCAGAACUCACUUUCACCUCGAGCGAACUCGCCUCUUUCCUUGCUCCUGAUCAUAGUCCUGUGUCGCCGGGUAUCAUUGGACAAGCAGGGCUCUCUCCUCAAUGUGGAGUCAAGAACGCAAAAGGGAUUUGGAAGAUGAAGCGCGUGUGGGUUGGGGAGGGCGAGGCUGAGGUAGAGGCAGGAGAGUGUGAGAAUGCUGGUGAUGGAACAACAGUUGAUUGUGUCGGCGUGGCGGUAGAUUCCUCGACGAAAGCGAACACAGACAGAAAGACGAACAAAGCUGUGAAAAAGGAACUUUUUGAAGGCUACUUCUCCUUCAGCGUCAGCUACGACCAGAUGUACAGAAAAGCAGGUCAUGGGAAUGGGUCGACAUGUCGGUUUGCGUUUUGGGGUGUUAGAGCGAUGAAGGACAAUACGGGGAAGGAGAUCGGACUAGGCCCGGGGAAGGGAAUUGGACCAGGAAUGAGGAAGGGGUUGGGAUGGGGAUGA